CUCGUAAAAGUAAUGUAUGGUCUCAUUGUUACAAAUCGCCUUGAAUUUCGUUUAAAGUCAAUAUUUAAAAUAGAAAAAGACCUCAUUGGUUUAAAUCGCGAAUACUGAAAUAAAACGGUUUGAUAAAAUUUUCAACGUUGAAGAACUUUCUUUAAAGUUAGUGAAUUUUUUUAAGGGAGAGGUGAUUCUGAAUUUUUCUAUUUAUAGAUAACAAAUAUGAAUUUCUUGGUAAAAAUAAUCUUUUACUGUAUGAUAGUAAGUCAAGCGAUGUCUUAUUACUUUUACAAUGCAAAAACCAAACAAGUUUUGUCCACACCUUCAUUGAAGGUUCCCGAAGGAUUCAGAAUUAUGCAGCCACCAAAAACUCUGAAACUCAACAGAGAAAUAUUUACGGAAGGCCUCUACUGUCAAGACAUUGGUUUUUCCUGUACCCAACAGUUUAAUUAUUCAUCAACUUAUCAGUUCGAAUGCGAAAAUGACAGCAACUGCCCUAAAUCGUUCAUCUGUUGUCAUCAAAAUUGUUUCAAGCACAGGGUGUGUAUUAAAGCCGCUACAAAACUAAUUUCUAGAAAUUUAAAGAAAAACAUACUGGCCCCUUCAGUAACACCACAAAAUAGGCUCGAUAAUAAUCGUUGUGAAAAAUGGCCUUAUAAUUGUUAUCAGCCUUAUCCAGCCUAUCUAACUUACAAAUUUAAAUGUGAUUAUGAUGGACAAUGUCCUAAUGGGUUUAAAUGCUGUCAACAAGAGUGUUUUACACAUAAAAUUUGCUCGAAGUCUUAUAAAAUGGUUGAGGAACUAAGAAGGGACGAUAAUAAAUUAAAAAAAUUAAAUAGUAUAAAAUACGGAAACGCGGAAACAAUUCAUACGCCAUUAUAUCGUAAUGGAAUGAAUGAUAAUAGAGAAAAUAAAUAUUUGCCAUCCAACUAUCCUGCAGAAAAUAAAACUGAUUUGAUUAGGACUACAAGGGAGGUAGAAAGUGUAACUGAACAAAAUGAAAGUAUAACAGAAGAAGAAGAAAAAGAAGAAACAGAGGAAGAAGAAAAUUCAGCCGAGGAAGAAGAAAAUUCAACGGAAGAAGACACUUCAACAAUUGAUCCUAAUAGUAUUAAUUCAGACUAUAGUGUUUAUUAUGAAAAUGAGGAAGAAGAAGAAGAAGAAGAAGAAUAAAAGAAUAGCUAAUCACGUUGCUUUGUCAAAAUAAUGAAAUAUUACUAUAUGUUUUGUAAUGUUAUUGUUGUAAUAUAAGUAAAUUGUAAAUUUUUCU